UGAUGUUGAUGAUGAUGAUGAUAAUAAUAGAAGUUAUGUAGAAGUUAAGUGGGGGACCACAGUCGGAAUUGUAAUUGACAAUUGGAUAACAAAACUUUAUAGGAAUAAAGGCAAAAACGAAACAAGAAUAAAUUCUGAGAUAAUUAAUAAAGACCAUAUUAAAUUAUUUACACAUUGGAUUAAUAAAAAAGAUCAAUCAGCAUAUAAUAGUUUUAAUAACAAAUAUGAAUUUAAAUUAAUUUAUAGUAGCAAUAAAGAUGGAUCAGUUCCUAUGGAUUUUCAUGCAAAAUGUGAUUAUAUACGGGAAACCAUCACCGUAGUUAAAGUUAAUACAGGUCAAAUUAUUGGGGGUUAUAAUCCAGUUAGUUGGAAUAUAGUUAAUAGUAAAUAUUAUCAUUCAAAUGAUUGUUUUAUUUUUAAUAUAUCUAGUCAUACAACGGCUAAAAUAGGAAGAGCCGGUAUUAAUACUAAUUCUAUAUUUUGUAAUUCUGGUUACAUGCCAACAUUUGGUGGUGGGGCUGAUCUUCGUAUAUAUUCAGAUAAAAGUGGAUAUUGUAUUCCUAGUACUUAUCCUGAUAUUGGUUUACCAACAAAUUUCAAUUUUAGUGUAUUUGAAGUUUUUCAGGUUAUUAGUAAAACAUAAAUAUCAGAUGAAAAUUUUUUAUUUUUU